UAAUAAUAUUAUUAUUUACCACAAUAGAUGGUAGGAUAGCUUACUAUUUGGCAAUUUAGCAUAUUAUCCUUACUAGUUUGUUUUAUAGUGCUACUAAAGUACAACAUUACCGUUUACACUUUACUCCAUCUAAACUACUUCGUAUUUUUGUAUAAUAUAAUUAUUGUAAAAUGUACGUAAGUCGACCGUGACUGUUGUGAUUUGCAAUGCCAAUGCAUACAACGAAGUAAUAUCGCGGAAAGAAGUUUUUGGUGUAUCAGUUUUCAAUCGAACACGAAUCAUGUCUUUUCAGGAUCCAACGUUCGUCGGUGACACUCCAGAGUUCCAGAACAAACGUACAAACCUGUUCGCCGUGCUUGAUCAAGCAGAGAAGGACUUGGAGUCAAAAAUUAUAAAAGCUACGACGGCUGACGCACAUGAAAUACUCAAUGGUCGUGUAGUACGCAGAACUGGUCGCUCGCUGACCAGACAGUUCCGAGGCAAAGACAGUCUGUUUGUCAAGCCUGAAAUACCACCGUGGCGAAUAAUUGAAAAACACAGACCUCCAGAUUUCAAAUUGCAUCCUCAUAAGUGGACUAAAUAUUCAUUGGCUGAUGUAAACGAAAUGAAUGACAAAAGCAAUGCAGCUGCCGCAUUUGCUUUUCUUAAAGAAAUGCAAACCAGAAAAUCUAAAGAUGACGAAAAUGAUAAUGAAGAAGGUAAGAAAAUAGUGUUCAAGAGAACCAUGAAGUCCAACAAACCUGAAAUGAAACCGAGUUUUAAGAGUACCAAACUGGUUAUGCCAGAAUAUGAAUUUGGAAAAAAGGUACAGAAGAAGAAAAGUAGACCAGAACGUACAACAGAUGGAACUACUUCUCACAAAGAAAUCAAACUUGGGCAUUUAAUGGAAGAUGAAAUUGAUGAAUGAUUCAUAAUUUGUGUAAAUUGUAAAUAUUAGUUGUAUAACUCAUUUUAUGUUAAGAAUCUUAUAAGUUAUUUUUAACUAAAUAAUUCAAUUAAUAUUAUCCAAAUAAAUUAUUUAUUAAAAAUGUAAAAAUCCACUCAAGUCUUGAUUGUUUAAUACUAUCAAUAUUAACAAAAUAAAUGAUUUGAGAAUUUAA